AUGAAAAUAGAGUUUGCAGAAAUUGUAGAAGAACCGGCAAAGACUUCUAUUAAUGAAAGAAGGCCAGUUAGAAGGGUUACCUGGAGACCACCACUGGCAGGAUGGGUUAAGGGCAAUGUUGAUGUAACAUUUGUUGAAGUGCAUUCUGGAGGGGCUACAGCAGCAGUAAUUAGAGACCACACUAGAAACCUUCUCACAGACUCAAACUCCAAAAUAAUGGCCACCUCGCCUUUAGCUGCGGAAGCGUUAGCAGUUAGGGAAGCAUUAAUAAUGGCAAACAACUUUCAACUGGAAAGAAUUAUCAUAGAAUCUGAUAGUUUGAUUCUCAUCCAAGCACUAAAAUCACAAGCAUCAAUUGCGGAAAUUCAAGUUAUUUUAGAUGACAUUUUGGAUUUAGCAAGAAGUAUCUCAAAUUGUGGGUUCAUUUGGGUGCCUAGAGAAGGGAAUGCCUUAGCGCAUGAAGUGGCCAAGCUUACAGUUGAUGAUAUACCUUUCAACAAAAUUGGCUCAUGUGCAAGCCACAAACCAUCACAAACAUUCUAA